AUACAAAUACUGGGCGCGAAAAUAAACUGGCUGUUUGUAGAAACUCAGCACAAGGAGGUUGUUUACAUGGCAAGACUAGUACUAGUAUUACUACUGUUACUAGUACUACUACUCUUACUCUGUAUUUAGGCAGAUUAAGAGCCAUUUUUGAGAAGGAGUAACACGGUUAAGAGAGAAUAUUCUUCUGUUAAAGUGCACAGUGUAGAAUUGCUCACAGUGUAGAACUGCUGGGGUAGAAUUGCUCACAGUGUAGAAUUGCUGGGGUAGAAUUGCUCACAGUGUAGAAUUGAAGAUGAAAAGCUGUAAAAAUAAGACCUCUAGAUCCCCAGAGGAGGAGUGUGGAGUUUGGCUGGAUGCUGCUGAAUUAAGAGCAAAGAAACAGAGAAAUCUGACACGACCGAUAUCCAAACUCCUGAAUCCGCUGGCUCGGUCUGGAGGUUACAGCGUGGCAGUGGCUCUGAAUUUUACCCAAACCAAGAUGGAAAUGCCUGUGACAAAACAGAGCAGAAUCUCCUCAUUCUUUCCACCACAGAGUAAAAAGGGAAGAGAUGCAAAGGACUACAGCUCUCCAUGGCCUUCAGGAAUGUCUUCUACUCUCCUUCCUGAAGAACAAAUGGGGACUAAACGAAAGCGUGAGAUAUUUGAAUCGCCUUCCAAACUAGACGACUUAUGCAGGCGUUCCUCUCUUAGACAUACACAGGAACAUGGGGAAGAUAUUAAGAGUUUGUCAGGCGAAGUCUGUAACUAUGGUGAUGAUAAAGAGCAGCAGUUUUUACAUUUGAUUUGGGGAUAUAAGUCAGAAGAGAGUGAGCCAGAAGGAAAGAGGAGACCUUGUGAGAAUAUUAAAAUUGAUAAUAUAACAAAUGCAUCAGCAGGCAGCAUCAAAGCCAUGACGUGUGGUAACGGGAGUGACAACAUCCCUGAACGUCUGCUUCACAGGGAUCAGACACACCAAUGUUCUCAUGAGAGUAUUGGCAUUUGUGGAGAGAUCAGCAAUGAUACUUUUCUCUCUACAGAAGAUAUGAAUACUCAGGAACCGGUAAAAGGCCAAAGUGAGACAGAGACGAGAGAUUCGUUUUUAACUCCAAGGUCAAGCACCAAGAUCCAAAACACGAUAAAACAUCUCGUAAAGACUUACAAAGAGCCAGAACUAUUCCAGCAGAAGAAUCAGGGGUCACCUGUGAAAAGGGAGGAUAAAGAAAAUAGCAGACCGACAUCAUCGAGACACAGCACUGCACUUUCACCUUUUAAGUAUCGCGUGUGCUCCAGCCCAACAAAACCUUCUUCAGAUUUUAAUAGAAAACUUUGUUUGACCCCUAAAAAGUCAAUCAGAGAGGAUCAAGAAAAUGAUGAAGACUCACUGGGCAGGUUGUUUACUCAGGACUCUGAAGGCUUUCGGGUGAUCGCACAUCGCAGCAAACUGUCUAGACUUCCACUGAAAGACCAAACUAAUUCCCUUGAGGGCAGAGAGCAUCCGAGCAUCCCAUCUGUUAUACCACUGGAAAUGGAAGAGAACUCCGAUCCAGGGCCAGAGAUGCUUUUCACACAGGACUCUCAGGGAAAUAUAGUCAUUAAACAUUAAACACCAAAUGUGGUGUAGGACAACUUUAAUUUUCAUCCUUGCUGAAAGAUGUUGAAAGAAUUUUCAUUAAACCAGUUCAAUGCCCUCUAUGUAGAUAUACUGUAUAUGUGGAGAUAUGUGGUGGUGAUUGGGCCCCUGAACAACAGCCUUAUAUAACACCACUGUAAAUGUGACUUUUGUUUACAGCUAAUGUACAGCAAUUUUCUUUGUUGUUUCUUUGUCAAAUUAUAUAAUUUGUAUAUUCUUAUUUUCUGCAUUAAUGUGUAUUGUUUUAUUGUCCAUGCUCUGCUUUUAAUGUUAAUCUUUUUUGUCCACCAGAUGGCACAAGUGGUUUCUAAAAAUCAUGGAUGAAUUGUGUUUUAUCCAGAGCGACUGCAUCUUACUUUAUCUGUAUAUUAAAAAUAGAAUAAGAGUGUAAAGCUUUUAAUGAUUUACUAAUAAGGAUAAGGAAACACAAAUAUGCUCUUUUAUUACUGCAUAUUCUUUUAGAAAUGACAGUGAACAACCUUGGAUCUAAAUAAAAUGGAGAUUAUUAAAAGGGGAAUGAUUUCAAUUAAACCUUCAACAUGAAAUGUCAGCAUUUAUGCAAUUACAAGCUGCACACGUUGUUUUAUCCUUAAACAAACUCAUAUUUUUAAAGCAGUAUCCAAACAAUAAACAGACCAUUUGCUGUGUCAUGAUAUUUGA